AUUAUUAUUUGUGGGUGUUGUGAGCAUAUAUAUAUAUAUAUAAGUAGAUGACUCACAGGAUUCCGUUUUCCUUUUCUUUCUUUUUUAUAUUUUUUUACUAGCGAUUGCGUGAAUUACUUAACCAGGAGCAGUUUACUAGGGUUUAUCGCCUUAUAUUGUAUACAUACAGAAUCCCUUCCCCUUGGGAUUUUAUUAUAUUAAGCAAUCAAUAAAUAAGUCUCAUUCUCAGUCUUUUCAUCAUAUCAUAGGCUUUGGCUUUGGAGUUUGCAAAACCAAAGAAGGGUUUUCAAUUUUCAAGCUGCCUUCCACUUGUAAUAUCUUCUCCUAGGUUUUUCAGUUUUCUUUUGUCUAUGGCUGCUUCUGAUUCUGACGAUGUGAACCUUGCCUAUGACGAUACUGCUGACGACUACUUCUAUCUCGACGAUACGGAUGAUGACUUACAUCCACCCCAAGCCAGCGACAGCCUUGAUGACGAUCAACUCCAAGGCAGCGACAGCCAUAAUGACGAUGAUGACGAUCUACUCCAAAACAGCGACUGGCAUGAUGACGGUGAUCAUGAUUGUGACGAUAACGAUGAUGGUGAUGAGAAUGCACUUGAAGAAGAUGAACAUGAUUCCCCAAUAUCUGGCCAAAACUAUAGUGUUUUAACUGAAGCAGAUAUACGCCAUCGUAUAAAAGAUAACAUCGCUGAAGUCUCUUCUGUCCUGUCUAUAUCGAAAAACGAGGCAAGUAGCUUACUCCUUCACUAUAAUUGGAGUGUUAAUAAUAUGUUUGAUUCAUGGUUUGCCGAUGAAAAAGCAGCCCGUGAAAAGGCAGGCUUGUUUCUCGAACCCUUGAUCGGGUCACCUGAUCAUGACAGCAGUAUUUGUGUAAUCUGCUUUGAAGAUUACCCUUGUGAUGGGACCAAGUCCACAUCUUGUGGACAUCGUUAUUGCAAUGAUUGCUGGAGUUCCUACAUUAAAACAGCCAUUGCUGAUGGCCCUCAAAGUUUAUUGCUAACGUGUCCCCAUCCAUCUUGCCGUGCUGCUGUGGGUGAAGACAUGGUGGGUUUGUUUGCGUCGGAGAAAGAGAAAAACAAGUAUUCUAGCUACAUUGUUAUGUCAUAUAUUGAAUCAAAAAAGAUGAUCAAGUGGUGCCCAGGCCCAGGCUGUGAAAACGCUAUUGACUUUGUCGCCGGGAGUGAAAAUCUUGAUGUUUCUUGCCUUUGCUCCCAUUCCUUUUGCUGGAAUUGUACUCAAGAUGCUCAUCGUCCCGUGGACUGUGAAACCGUGACGAAAUGGAUGUCGAAGAACAGCUCGGAGUCUGAGAAUGUAAAUUACAUACUAGCUUUUACCAAGCCUUGUCCCAAAUGCAAAAGGCCAAUUGAGAAAAACAUGGGAUGUUCGCAUAUGACAUGUAGGGCGCCUUGCCUUUACGAGUUCUGCUGGCUCUGCCUUGGAGAUUGGAAAAACCAUGGCACUUGCAAUCGUUUCAAGGGGAACCCCGAGGAGGAAAAAAGAGAAAAGGCGAAGCAAUAUGUGAUGAAAUACACCCAUUACUUCGAACGUUGGGCCACCAAUCAGAACUCAAUGAAAAAGGGUGCUGCCGAAUUGCAAAAAGUGCAAACCGAACAGAUUGAGGUUCUUAGUCGUAUUCAAGCACAACCUUUGGCUCAAAUCAGUUUCGUAACAGAGGCCUGGAAACAGAUAAUCGAAUGUAGGAGGGUACUUGCAUGGACCUAUGCAUAUGGUUUUUAUUUGCCUGAGGAAUGCGAGGCUAAAAGGAACUUGUUCGAGUACUUGCAAGGUCAGGCUGAGUCUGGCUUGGAGAGGCUUCACGAUUGUGCGGAAAAGGAGCUGCUACCAUACCUGAAAGACGAGAUCUCGGUGGAGGGAUUCAUAGAGUUCCGAAAAAAGCUUACAUUGCUUACCAGGGUGACUAGAAAUUACUUUGACAACUUGGUUACCGCCUUGCAGAAUGGACUAUCUGAUGUAAACACAGGUUCGUCAAGUGUUUCAAAGAAACGAAAGUCGAAUUGGGCUGCUGCUGCUGUUAAUGCAGCUCCAGUCUUGGAUACAAAUAUAAACGAUAACUCUGCCACUGCCCCUGCCGCCGCUGCCAGUGCUAUGGAACCAUGGGCUUGUGCAUAUUGUUCCUACGAAAAUCAGAGUUCUGCCACUAAUUGUGCAAUGUGUGGGCGAGGGUCUUGGACUUGUGAUGUCUGUACUUAUGCCAAUUCCAGGACCUCGGCUACAUGCGCAAUGUGUACUGAUGCACCGGAACCUUAGACGACUCCAAACAGGGUGAGUUUAAUUUAUCUUUUCGUCAUUUUGCUAGUUACAAACAUUUUAGGAUUUCAUCCAUGGAGAUGAUGAGGAAUUGUAUUUCAUGUUCCAGAUUAACAAGGAAUCGUAUUUAAAUAAAGAA